AUGGUACCUUCUUGGCAUGCACUGCCAAACGGAAGCAGAGUCGAGAUUAUGAGCAGUCGGCCUAGAAUGGAUCUAUUUAUUAACAUGCCAGCUCUCCGCAAACUUGACAAUAUGCUACUCGAGAUACUAGAUGGAUUUAGCGAGUGCGAAUAUUGGUAUGUGGAUGAAGGCAUAUUGGGUUCAGAAGGUGGUAUUCAGCGUGAGGAGGAGAAGCGGUGGAUGGGUAUGCCAUGUGUACCGCCUGGAGGUCUUUCUGAGGGCACGAGAAAGCAAUUAAAUGAGAAGCUAGAAUGUGGUAGUCAGAUCCUCAAAGCUGCCUCUGCCAUUAAUGUCGCAACUUUGGCUGAGAUGGAAGUUCCAGAUUCGUACAUGGAAUCUCUCCCCAAGAAUGGAAAAGGAUGCCUGGGGGAUGUCUUGUACCGUUACAUAAGUAGUUGUGAGCAUUUGUCCCCCGACUACUUGGUCGAGAAUGUUGAAGAUGAAGGUUGUUUAGAGAUGGCGAAUCGGAUUGAGGCAGCCAUCCAUGUUUGGAGGCGGCAACGUGUGUCGUCAUGGGAGAUGGUUAGGGAUGUAAUGAUGGAUGGGGAGAUGAAGAGAGGUUUACUGGUGGAGAGGGCCGAGAACCUCCUGCUUUCAUUGAGAUUGCGCUUCCCGACUCUUAUGCAAACGGCUUUGGAUGCAACCAAGAUACAAUGCAACAAGGAUGUUGGCAAGUCUAUUCUGGAAAGCUACUCAAGGGUGUUGGAAAGUUUGGCAUUCAACAUCAUGUCACGAAUUGAGGAUCUACUUUAUGUGGACGACAUAAACAAGACGCCUGACAAAAACAUCAGCUUAGUUUCUCCCAGGAAGGUCAUCAGAGGCCCGUUUCUAGUGUCAUCGCCUCCUGCUAGAGCUAUAGGAGACCAAAUGUUAAUUUUGAGCAGCAGUAGUAACACUAACGCUAAUCGUGGCUUACGAGUUAUCACCAACUAUGUGAAGGUAGACGAUGAUGGAUUCAUUCUCGAGGAAAGGAAGUCGUCACAGCCAAACAUGGAUGUCAAGGAAUCCUCUUCUGCUAACAAACAACAACUAGACAGAUUUUACCUGUAUUCUUCACUAAGAUAA